AUGACUGUCAACUCUCAGAGUACUUCGGGACAAGCAGGAGUGACAUCAUACCAACAUCACUGCAAGACAGACAACAGAUGUCAAUACACUGUAACACUGCCUGACUGUGGAGACGAGGAAAACUGUAACGGCAAAGACAACCAACCGGCGCUGACAGAUAUCAUAAUGCAGUUAAGUUACAAGAUUGAUCAACAAAAUGAACAGAUAGCCACAAUGAGUGACAAAAUACACAAUCUCACAGAAGAUAUUAAUCAAUUGAACGAGAAAUUGGGAGAAACUUGGGGAGCAUGGUCAUCUUGUGACGUUACAUGUGGAGGAGGGACCCGUGUGCGAUAUACUACUAACUCAAGUGAAACUUAUCAAGGUCACCGUGAGCAGAUCUCAUCAUGUGGGGAAUGCAACUGUCCUGAAGCAGCUACUGGUUUAGUGUCAAUUAAUUCCGAUGGUUAUGAUAUAACAGACCCACAUCAUUAUGAGGCGCAACGAUCCGUCCUGUCGUGGUACCCUUAUGAAGGAACUAACAAGAAAACAUGCUUUAUUAAGAUACUGGUUGACAGUUGUACUAAUGCCCGUUUCCGUGUAAUUAGUUCUGGUGGAGGACAUCCUGCAGUUGGCAACCAACAGUAUGGUAUACGUGAAGACAGUUCCAAACCCAAACCACCCGACCCUCUAGUGUCUACUAAAACGGCAGCAUGUAUUGAAUUCAAAUGCAGUGGUCUCCUACGUACAGGUCAUCCUGAGUUGGACAUUCCACCACUGGGAGAGAUAGUUAGUGGUGGAGCAGACAUGACACAAGUUAAUAUUACUGCAGUAACAACUACCUGCCAACUAAAAACUGGAAGUGAUGGUGUUAAUCCCAGUCUACUGAGCUACAUUCAAUCAUAUGGUCUUGAAAGUGACAUACAGCAAGGUGAUGCCAGUUUCCAAUUCAAGGUUCCAGACGGAAGCACAAAUGGACCAACUACAGGAAUAUACGUUGCACAAGGUGAAGGAAUGUCUGGCUAUGAUAAUGCAUUUGAAAACUGCUUAGCUGGUGAUGAUUAUGCUUACAUAAUAGGUACGGGAGAUAAUCCAGAUAAUGGAUGGGCACUACAAUAUGAAUGUUACUAG